AGCUAUCUCAUGAUAAUGCCCCUGCUGUACUUGGUGACAGCGAGUUCCACUCUGUUGUUUGUACACUGACACACCAGCAAACACAACCUUUGCCUCCAGCACAAUCAGACUGCACCAGAAAAGAGCGGUACAGAACACGGUCGCGAGUCUCUGAAAUCAAGAGAUCCAACAUGACAGAGUCCAUCUACACGUGCACUGAGGACUUUGAUGUCACUCCAAACGUCCAAGCAGACUUUGAUAAGAAUGGCUACAUCCUUGUCAGGUCUCUGUUGGACCAAGAAGAAAUCAAGUUACUGAAAGAUGCUCUUGAGUCUGACGAGGGGCUGAUGAGACACGCGUUCUGCCGAGAUGACGGGGAGGGCGGGAAGAGCAGGCUGGUCCUGUGGAACCAGCCCGGAAAUGACAUCACAGGAGUCAUGGCUAGAUGUGAGAAAGUGGCAGGAACAAUGGAAAAGUUGUUGGGUGGAGAGGUGUACCACUACCACACCAAACUGAUGAUGAAGGAAGCGCGGACAGGGGGCGCUUUUGUGUGGCACCAGGACUACGGGUACUGGUACGAGAACGGCUGCAUCUUCCCUGACAUGGGGACGGUUUUCAUCGCCUUGGACCAGGCUACUCAAGAGAAUGGCUGUCUGAAGGUGAUCCCAGGCUCUCAGCGGGUUGGUCGGAUUGAUCACGUGCGCGUUGGGGACCAGGUGGGGGCGGAUGUGGAACGCGUCACGGAGGUCCGGAAGUUUCUCCCCUUGGCUCACGUGGAGAUGGAGCCAGGCGACGCGCUGUUCUUCCACUGCAACCUGCUGCACCGCAGCGAGCAGAACCACAGCGACCACCGCCGCUGGGCCUUCCUGGUGGCGUACAACCGGGCGUCCAACAACCCGGUCAUGGAGCACCACCACCCGCGAUACACACCCAUGUCAAAGGUGCCCAACACUGCUAUCAAGGAGUGCACAACUGCAACAGAGAUUGCCGGGAAAGAUUUCUUCGAUCCCGCAUCGGAAGUCAGCCUCAAGAAGGUCACCGAGAAGACUCUGACGCGCUGACGAUUUUAUCAGCUGCAAUUCACCAAUACUCCACAAGGGGUCAUUCUUAGGAAACCCCAUGUUGAUUCCCAAUGUGAUGUUUCAGUGAUAAACGUGAUGUAAUUGAGGAUAUUUGCAACAGCGCGCAUUUCUUUGAUCUUCGUGAUUACAAACAUUGCAAGGGUGGAAAUAACAAAGACAAUUGGACACACGCCUACAUGACAAGACUAAGAGCAACAACGGUGAACAACCUGAAGAUGCAGAGAAUGGCAAUCCACAUGAAGAUCCGCGACCGGUUAUCAAGACACGAGCGACACCUAUCGACCAUGAAGAGAAAGACAUCUGGGAUCCAGUCGUUAGACAAUCAUUCAAACACAAUAUUAACUUCAAGAUGUCAUGAAAAUGGAAAAGUGACAACUUGUCUCAAUCCACAGGUGGCAAAUUCGGUUAUCAAGACAUGCGCGACCCCUGUCGAUCCUGAAGAGAAAGACAUCUGGGAUCCGGUUGCAUGUCCAUCGGUGAGCCAGCUGAGUUUGGACAAG